UGGGUUCGUGUCCUCAGGGUUGGGCUGUUCUCUAUAAGAGAGAGCCUCAGCAGCUGCUAAAAGCCAUUCCUCGUUCUUUGUGUGUGCUACCUCUCUCCAGGAUGAAGAAGCUGAUCCUCGACGUUGACACCGGAGUCGAUGAUGCUCAGUCCAUCAUGAUUGCCCUAGCUGCUCCAGAUGUGGAGAUUCUGGGGAUCACCUGCUGCCAUGGCAACACUCCUUUGGACAACGUCCUCAAGAACACCCUGCGUGUCCUGAAAGUCUGCAACAGGCUGGACAUUCCAGUUUAUAAGGGUUUCUCCAGGCCUCUGCUGGCCAGCAAACAGCACGCGUCGGAUUAUCACGGGAAAGACGGACUGGGGGACGUCCCAGAUCCAGAUAGUCCCGGGGUGGAGCUGCUGCAGAAGAAGAAAGCCGCACAGGCGAUGAUUAAAAUCGCAAGGGAAAACCAGGGAGAGGUGAUCCUUGUGGCCACCGGACCCCUGACUAACCUUGCCGUCGCUGUGCAGCUGGACCCUUCCUUCCCAAAAAAACUGAAGGCGCUCUACAUCAUGGGAGGAAACACUGACUCGCGGGGGAACACCACAAUGUGCGGAGAGUUCAACUUUGUGGCUGACCCUGAAGCGGCUUACAUCGUGUUGGACCGCUACACCUGUCCCACCUACAUCGCCACCUGGGAGUUCAGCUGCAGGAGCAGCCUCCCAUGGUCUUUCUGCGACGAGCUCCUGUCCCUGCAGACAGAGAAGGCUGCCUUCAUCAAAAAGAUAUCAAGCCUUUCCAUGAAAAAAGCUCGCUCACCCGAGUAUCAAAAGGAAAUCAUAGCUGGAAAAGGCUUCAAUCCUUGUGACGUCUUCGCGCUCGCCGCCGCCAUCGACGAUGGGUUCAUAACAGAGAGCGAAGAGGUGGCAGUGACAGUAGAGCUGGAUGGGAAACACACCCGGGGCAUGAUGGUCCUGGACUACAUGGAGCAGCUGAAGAAGGACCACAAGGCCAUCAUCAUGAAGGCCGUCGACCUGGAGAAGCUGAAGAAAAUGUUUUUCAACGCCAUGAAGUAGAAAAACCACAAUGUAACAUGCAGAGAACGUGAAAACGGCUCCUCCUAAUUAAUAAAAACUAGACAAUUUGUA